UUUUUAUUUAUUAUUUUAUACUCGCCACAUCUUUCACAAUUCAUCACGACAUAAAUUUGUCUUCUAUCAAAACUAAAAUCAAAUCACGUAAUAACUACCCCCAAAACCUUAUUGAAUAGAUUUAACACAAACUCGAUCAUAUAACAUAAAUAUAUGUUUAGUGAUAAAAUAUGUCUCAACAUCAACUUGAGCACUAUGUUCAUCAACCUCUACCUCUAGUACAUUAAUAUUUGAAUCAAUAACAUCUGAUUUGUCAGAGACUAUUUUCAUUUUUUAAGAAGUGAGUGUGUCCAAGUUUUGUGUCCAGCAAGACUUCCUCCUAUAACCAAAUGUACCAUACCCUACGAACGUGUGGUGUGGGAUCCACCUCACAUGUUCCCUCGUGCUACUGAAAUGUGAAAUCCAUAAAACUAAAACCGGCAUUAGAAACAAAAUCGACAGCUGAAAAGCAAAGUUAGAUAGGAUCUAACCCUUCAACUCUCCCUCUGAAGUAAGGUGAAUUUGUUGUGUUAACAAAGAAGAGAAACUUACCAAACACAUGCAUUAAGCACACAAACUAUGGUUAAGGCAGUCAACAAAGAGAGAGAGAGAGAGAGAGUGAAAGAAAAAGAAGUUGACCAAGCAUCUUGUGGGUGAGCUACCUGCCUCUUUCACACGCUCAAUGGCGUUGAAUAUUUUAAUAAAAUCAUGCACCUUUGAUGCCUUUGGGCUUUAACCAUGUACACAUGCAAUUCUAAUUGACACCUCUUAUAUAUAUAAACAAUAGUAAGUUACAACCAAAUAAAAAACAGAGAAGAAGGAAAAACAAAACUAUAACCAACACAGAAAUAUUCCACGUCUUCCCUUUUUGCCUCAAAGAAUUCAAAGACUGGUAGAGACAAUUCGCAAGUUUGUGAAAGAAAAACAAACAAUUCUUAUACUUGAUACUUCCCUCCAUUUCUUUGGGGUAGGAGAAUUAACAUAUUGAGAAAAAAGAAUAGAGAAAUGGGGCGUAUUCCAUGCUGUGAGAAGGACAAUGUGAAGAGAGGUCAGUGGACACCUGAGGAAGAUAACAAGCUCACUUCUUACAUUGCUCAACACGGUACUCGUAACUGGCGCCUCAUUCCUAAGAAUGCUGGCCUUCAGAGAUGUGGAAAGAGCUGCAGGCUAAGGUGGACUAAUUACCUUCGUCCUGAUCUUAAACAUGGGCAUUUCUCGGAUGCAGAAGAGCAAACCAUUGUGAAGCUUCAUUCUGUUUUUGGCAACAGAUGGUCACUGAUAGCAGCCCAGCUGCCAGGACGCACUGACAAUGAUGUCAAAAACCAUUGGAACACCAAGCUGAAAAAGAAACUGUCAGGCAUGGGUAUAGACCCUGUCACCCACAAGCCAUUCUCUCAUCUAAUGGCUGAAAUUGCUACAACAUUGGCACCCCCACAGGCAGCUCACCUAGCUGAAGCAGCUCUUGGUUGUUUUAAAGAUGAGGUGCUCCACCUACUUACCAGGAAGCCGAUUAACUAUCAGGGCCAACAUUCUAAUGCAGGACUGGCAAAUAACAUCACCGAUUACUUCACCUGUAAGCCAGAAGAAAGGGAAGACACUGUUGAGAAGAUUAAGUUUGACCUAUCAAAGGCCAUGCAACAAGAACAUGAAAUGAUGCCCUCAAAUAAACCAUGGGACUCCACUGCAGCUACAUCUUCAAGUUUUGCAAUGCCAUACAGUGUUUUCCCUACAAUGUCUGGGUUCCAAUUCAGCCCAUCAUGUUUUGGAAAUAAAGGGGAUGCAUCACCGUGGAGCCAGAGUUUAUGUACUGGAAGCACAUGCACAGGCAUAGAUCAUCAAAGCCAGUUCCAUGAAAAACUCGAAGAGGAAAAUGGGGAUGAUUCCGAGGCUACAAAAGAAAUUAGAAAUCUAUCCAAUAUAUUCAACUCAGACUGCGUCAUGUGGGAUUUACCAGCUGAUGAUUUAAUUAACCCCAUGGUAUAAGAUAUAUUAUAUUACAAAAUAGAGGAUGUU